AAAGCGGCGGCAGGUCGCUUCAGUCAGUCGAAGACGUUAAGCGCACCAAGUCGCCUGCCGCUCCACUCCAUUCCAAGUCCAAGUCCAAAACUCGAACUCGAAACGUUCGUGGAUCGCAUAUAUAGUGGUAUUACGAAACUACGACAAGUUGGCGGCCAUGAAUCUGCGGUACAUCUGCACUCUGACUCUGGUGCCAACGCUCUGCGUGCUGCUGGUGCUUCUUCUGGAGUUCGUGGAGGAGGGUCUGGCCCAAAGUUCCGAUCCACUGUUCGAACUGCCCGUCCAGCUGGUGGGAUUCCCCGUGAUCGUGCUCUCCGUCCGCUUGUCCCAGUUCGCCAAGAAGCUGGCCUACUCCCUCAGUCCCAGUACAUAUAGAUCUCGCAGCAGAAGAGAUAUCGCCCAUCCACUUUCCCUUGACGCUGAGUUGGCCCAAAAACAGAUCCUGGGCGAGUUCGGGCCACAGGCCUGUAUCCUGGAAGAGCCGUGCCGGGUCCACGCCUCCCGACACUCGGGUUCCAGUGAACGACGCUUUCCAGGCGAUGGAAAUGCAAAGCCACAUGCCGCCUGGUCGGAGGUGUUGAGGAACUACAAAGUGCAAUCGGGCGUCAGUGGGAUGAAACAAUGGUACCUGCUGUCCCUGUUCAUCGGCGAUGCUGUGCGGGAUGUGCCGCUCUGCAAGCACCUGGCCAAAAGGAUGCCCUGUCCAGGAGUUGGACCCUUGCCCCCGCCCCAACCUCGAUGAAGAUCUGGUCGACGCCACCUCCUCUGGGGCACUUCAAAAUAACGGAGGUGGAGCAUCCGGAUGGAGUCCCCUUAGUCAGUCACAUCGGACAUCUUUGUUAAUCAUCCAUCUUUCGGGACUCGCAUUCAGCAUCCAACAUACAUGUGCUGUCCUCGUACACCCCAUCAUUUCGCUGUACUUUUAGUUGCUUUUAAGGUUUUUAAUUUAAACGAACGCCCGCCAACAGACGUAGGCGCUUAGAUUUAUGAGUAAGCAAAUAAAUAAACAAACCAGCUGGAAAAAAUCAACCGAAA